UACCGAACCGGUACCGACGCUAAUGAGAGAGGUGAGAGAUUGUAACUGAAUACCCGUCACUGGUCCCCUCAAAAGGCUCGAUGUUUCGAACAUUUUUGCAUUGAUCAAGUUCCUCUCUUACCUCGCGGUUCUAUCAGUACGCUUUGUUAUUUCUCAAUCUCGCCUUUUCACUUCUCACAAAUAAUAUGGCCCUUCACACGGCGAACCCAUCAUGCGAGCCUCUGCGAGUCUCUGGCGAUGCGAUAGUCAAUGCCGCCGGUGAGCGCAUUGUGCUGAAAGGUACGGCGCUUGGCGGCUACUUGAACAUGGAGAACUUCAUCACGGGAUAUUCUGGUCAUGAACACGAACACCGAUCUGCGUUAGCGAGCGUCCUAGGCAAGAAGAAGGCAGAAUUCUUCUUCGAUCGCUUCUUACACUACUUCUUCACAGAGGCUGAUGCAGAGUUCUUCGCCUCGCUGGGCAUGAACUGCAUCCGGCUUCCCUUCAACUACCGCCACUUCAUCGACGAUCAGAACCCAGAUACCUACAAGAAAGAGGGGUUCGAUUUCCUUGAUCGUGUUGUUGAUAUCUGUAGCAAGUACAACUUGUACGUUGUCCUUGACCUUCAUGCAGCUCCGGGUGGCCAGAACCAAGACUGGCAUUCGGACAGCGGCAUCACGAAGGCGCUCUUCUGGGAGUUUCGGAUAUUUCAAGAUCAAGUAAUCGAGCUGUGGAAGGCCAUCGCUGCGCAUUACAAGAGCAACCCUGUCGUAUGCGGAUACAACCUCCUUAACGAGCCUGCGGACCCUGAGCAUACCCGGCUGAUUGCGUGGUAUGAGCGCGCAGAGAAAGCGAUUCGUGCUGUCGACCCGGACACAAUGCUAUUCAUCGACGGGAACACAUACGCCAUGGAUUUCUCCCGCUUCGAUAAUGUGCUCCCCAAUGCUGUAUACGCCAUGCACGAUUACGCCAUGCUCGGCUUUCCGAUCCCAGGACAAGCGCCCUACUCCGGCACCGCGGAGCAGAGGACGAAGCUCCGGAAGUCGUUCGAGCGCAAAGUCGCAUUCAUGCGCGAGAAGCAUGUCCCGAUCUGGAACGGCGAAUUCGGUCCCGUCUAUGCAGACGACCGCGUCGAUCCCGAGGCCGACAAGAUCAACCAUGCGCGUUUCGAUAUGCUCCAGGAACAGCUCAACAUCUACGACCAGGACAAGGUCAGCUGGAGUAUAUGGCUAUACAAAGACAUCGGCUAUCAAGGCAUGGUCUACGUCAACCCGGACACUCCCUACCGGCGACUCAUCGACCCCUUCGUCGCCAAGAAGCAAAGACUCGCACUCGACUUCUGGGGCGUCGUGGACAAGGAGGGCGUCAAGGAUGUGUAUGGUCCCUUCAUCGAAGGCCUGAAGAAGAUGGUGCCCGAACACCUGCAGAAGAAGAAGUAUCCGCAUAUCUGGGACUUCCAGCGGCAUGUCGAACGUGUGGUGCGCGAAACACUGUUGAGUGAGUACUUGGGCUGGGAAUUUGCCGGGCUGUUUGAGGGGAAGAGCGAAGAGGAGCUUGAGGAGUUGGCAAGGAGCUUUGCUUUUGAGAACUGCAUUAAGAGGGACGGACUGAACAGAAUCCUGCAGGAAGAUGGGCAGAGAUCGGUUCCGUCUACGCCGUAGAUUGGCUGUAGAGCUUGGAGCAUAUUGCUCAGUUUUCAUCCCGAGUAACAGCCCUCUUCCUGCGCGUUUCGAGCUUCUUUUUUCAGGGAGCGAGACAGUCUUCAAGGGUGUUUGUAUAUAUGUACCAAUACUUACGCUGUUGGAGACAGAAACUCAAAGCGCGCAAUGAUCAAAGAACAACACAACGUACCUAGCAAUUCCAGGAG